AGAAAAACAUGGUGAGUGGCACGUGACAUAACAAACUGGGUCCAAGGAAAAUGUGCGAACGAUUAAACGUCGCAGUUGAAUGCUGAGUUGAUUUUCUCCUCUUGUUUGUCAUGUCUUUGUUGAGUGCGAGCACUGAGUGUGAUAAUAUAUAUAUAUAUAUAUAACACAUCAUUCUUAUUUUAUCGAAACACAGAACACUCCAAUUUGCCAAAAAUGGAUGACCCCAAACUACCCUCUCAUCACUCAUCCAUCUCUCUCAUUGCUAGGCUGGAUCAUUUGGAGUUCAUUAUGAAAUACUUAGAAAGAAAACAAAGAUCUGGCAGCAAUGUCCCUUCUGACAAAGCCAAACAACCUUUCGAUUUCUCCACCAAAGAGGAUUUCUUUAAAGGCACAUUGUUGGAUCGAGUUACCUCUCUUGAACACAGACUUUUUAAGCUUUAUGUAGAUAUUGAUUCAAGUGGAAACCCUCUACCUUUGUCCCGUGAUUCCACACAAACUUCUGGGGAAUCUUCUACCAGCCAGGGAUCCAAGACAGAAAUAUGUCACUCUUUUCCAACUUUCAACAAUCUCUCAAAUAAUACUGAGAGAGGAUUAAUGCCUAUCAAGACAACUGAAACAUCCCAGGAAAAAUGUGAGAGCGAGAAGCAACAAAUUAAAAACUCGUGUCCUCCUAAGCAACAGGUGCAGGUGGUGAAGAAUAGACCUAAGAAGAAUGAAAAGAAAGGCCAAGUUGAAAAAAAACGAGUAUCUAAUGUUGGUUGGCCACAUUUAAAACUACUAGGUUGCUGAUCCUCGUAACAUUGGUUAGUUUCUUACUUCUUUUACCCGACCAUGAACAUUAAUAUAAAUUUGUGUCGUUCGGUUUGAAUUUUCUGGUACAUUACUUUAUACUGGUAAUAAUAAAGUAUGAGAUUAGAUUUGGUAGAUAUAGUCACAAGGAUACUUUUUUAUCAGAAAUGAAAGAUUAUUUUUUAAAAUAAAGAAUUAAUCUGUUUUAAAGAUUUUAUUUUCUCAUCUGUACUGAAGAACAAAAUCGUUUGGGAGUCGUAUCAUUGUUGAACAAAAGUAUAGUCACAGUCACAGUACAAUUGUUUGCACUGGAGUACUUGGGGAAAUGAACCAUCGCAGAUUUUAAGGGACAGAAGACCAUGUGAAAUCGUGAACUGUAAUAACACUAGCUUUGGUUCCAGCUUCAGACAACCCAAUAUUUCUAAUUAUUUAAGUAGAAUUAUUGGAAAAAAGAUGCCAUCGAUCUCGUAGUUUGGAAGGACCUAGAGUUUUUAAAUGCAUAUUUCAUAUAACAUAACUAAGGAUGUGUUUAAGAAAUAAGCAACAAAUUUCACACGUCAUAUUUUUCAGACAGAGCCAAAACACUGAUACAAGUGAAUUUGAGGAAAUGCAUUUUUUUAAGUGUAUAUUAUAUAUAUACUCUGAAGUUCAAAUCGCAGUGAGCCGUCAGAGGCAAAGAAGGUUUAAUUGAAAAAUGAUUUGUUAAGGAGUUGGAAUCAGAUACACCCACUAACGAAAGGUCUAAAGAGAAUUUCAUGAUC